AUGGCAACAAGUAGUAGUAGUACUGCUGAUUCUAAAGAAACAAAUGGAUCAUAUGUAUCUUGUGACUUUGAAAUUUUUGGUAUAGUUCAAAAUGUUUUUUUUCGUAAACAUACUGAACAACAAGCAACAAAAUUAAAUCUAGUUGGUUGGGUUAAAAAUGCUGCAAGUGGUACUGUACAAGGUCAUAUGGAAGGUCGAAAAGAAGAUAUUGAUAAAAUGAAAACUUGGCUAAAAACAACAGGAAGUCCAAAAUCUAGAAUUUCGAAAGCGAAUUUUUCAAAUGAAAAAACUAUUACACAAUUAAAUGGAAAAACAUUUAGUGUUAAUAAAUAG